AUGGAAACUAUCGGUCAAACGCACAGACAACAUCAUCCAUCUUUAGAGGCAACUAGAUCCAAUACCUCGACACAGUCGGCUAGAAGCGAGGACUCUUGGUGCUCAGCGUCAGAUCAUGACCUCUCCUCGGAUGACGAGAGUGAGAAGAGUAAUAUCAGUAUUAAAAGUAAUUGUCAAUUGAGAAACACGUUACACAAGGCAAGGACACUGUGCGAUAAGUGGAGGCCGCAAAAUAUGCGAGUGAACAAUGCCGACCCAUUGGACUCGCCCGGUAACCAUGGAAGACUAUCUAGAUGGUUUAGCAUCCGGAGAGGAUCGACGCAACAAUAUGACGUGGAUUCCUCCGACACGGUGUCCCUUACCAGCCCCAUCAAAACUCCUCAAAUGCCGCAACUUUGUGAAGUUGAAGAGGAAAACAGUGCAAUGGUGCAAUUUCAGUGCAUGCAGCAACGCAGGCAAACCCCACCCGCCCUUCCUCCAACACCUCCGAAUUUAACUCCUCAACAGUUGAAACGUCGACACAUAGUAGCAGCUAUAGUACACUCUGAAAACAGUUAUGUGUCCACGUUACAGAGGCUAGUGAAUGAUUACAAGAAACCGUUGGAAGAAUCUUCGCCGCCUAUACUGAGUCAGGCAAAGAUAGCGACAUUGUUUCACAGAUUGCCUGAAAUUCUGCAAUGCCAUACGUUAUUCAGGAUUGCAUUAGCGGAAUGUGUACGUUCAUGGGACAAGGACGAGAAGUUAGGAGACGUGUUUGUAGCAAGUUUCAGCAAAGCUAUCGUUCUUGACAUUUACAGUGGGUUUAUAAAUAAUUUUUCAGUAGCUAUGGACUUGGCUAAGCAAGAAUCCAAAAGAAAGACUGCGCUCGCCGAUUUUUUCAAGGAUUUACUGAAGCACACACCGCAGGGUCAUCAUGACAGAAUGUCGUUGCAAUUGGCAUUGACUCAAUUAGAGAGUUUAGCGGAAAUGCUUAAUGAAAGGAAACGCGAAGCGGAACAAUUCCAAGCGUUUAAAGAAAUGCUCCGGCAUGUAUCUGGAAAAUUGUCUCAUCGUCCUCUUUCGUCUUCAUCUAGGUACCUCAUAAGAGAAGAUAACGUUACGCAGUUGGAAUUUAAUCAAAAUGGCAUGAUAACAAAGUCUAAAAGAAGGAGGUUACUAUUAUUGAAUGAUCUUGUGGUGUGCGUUUCGGUAACUCCAAGAUCCGCAGAGGACUUCAGCGGCAGUGAAAGACUGACUUUGAAGUGGACAUAUCCCGUAUCAGAUAUUGAGAUUCAGGAUACAAGCACUUCGCCAACGUUAAGUCGUUUACUGACUGCCGGUCUAAAUAAAGGCGGGAGCCUAAAAUCUGAUAAGAGUGGAGAUUGCGGACAAGUGGGUGCAGAUAAUCUCUGCGUAGAAAUGAACGAUUUAAUGCACGAUUACGAAGUCAUGUCUAGGAUAAGUGACUUGGUUGCGCAACUAAAGGGUAAAUACGAGGGAAUGACGCUUGAGAAAACUAAACAAAUUUUGCAAUCCAUACAACUCUCCAUACAACAGAAGGAUGAAGAUAUGGUUUGGGCAGAUAGUUGUUGUUUGCAAUUAGUGACGAAACAAGGACAGAUGUACACGUUCCAAACGGAAAAUCCUUUAGUGAAGAAAGACUGGAUAACGGAGCUUAGACUGGCACAGCUAGCUUUAGAUCCGAAUAAUUCGCCAUCUUGGGAAGUACCUGAACAAGAACAGCGGCCAUCUACGAAAAUGCCGCUCUUCGUCAGUUCUCAACAAGUGUAUCAUUCGCAACAUCAGACAGAAGUACGUUGCGGUUGCUACUAUACCACGCAAAAUCCACGUCCCACGAGGCGCCGUGGAAGAAGUCAAAGUUACUUGUGGAUAUGUACUGGCGACGGUAUAUCCAGUCACGUGACAGUAUUUGGUCAAUCAACGACAGCCUCAGCUACUUCAUUGAAACAAGUCACAGCUUUUGAUCUAGUGGAGACGAAAGUCGCGGCCAUAGAGUUCGUGAAGGGUGUGUCUUCUGAUCCACUUUCGUUGGCGAGCGACCUCGUGUGGAUGGGCACGGACUCUCGCAAGAUCAUGAUCUACGCCGGCGCGGAACCCGAGAAGCAAGAAGAACUCGGAAGUUAUUCCGUUUCGGGUCCAGUCAUACAAAUCAAGUAUCACUGCGACAAUGUUUUCGUUGCCCUGGGAAUUGGUUUGCUCCUCCUUUUCAAAAGGCAAGUGGACGGCACUUGGAAUCUCAGAGAUCCGUUCGUGAUAUCACUGGGUAGCGAACCGGUGUCCUGCUUGAUGCCGAUCAACGCGUCUGUUUACGUUGCCUGCGGCAAAAAAGUUUGGGUACUUAACGCAGUCAGCGGCGACGUGAUGAAGAGCUUCAGCGCACAGCACGAACACGUCGGCAGUGUGAAGCUUAUGGCUCAUUCCGGAGUCGGACUUUGGGUCGCCCUCAAAAACUCCAGCACCGUCUGCCUGUAUCACACUGAGACGUUCAAACACUUGCAGGACAUUAACAUAGCGUCCAACGUGUUGAGAGUGACGAGGUCGAACAGCUCCUCCAAUUCUUGUGGCGAUAACUUGAACAACAAUCAAACAGCGGUCACCGUGACAGCGCUUCUUGCCUGCAAGGGUCUGCUCUGGGUUGGUACAAACGUGGGCAUCAGUCUGACGAUUCCUCUGCCACGACUGGAAGGCGUGCCCAUUAUCAGUGGCCGUGUCAAUAUUUCGUACCACGCGCACUUCGGUCCUAUUACCUUCUUGCUUGCUAUACAGAAUCCGAAAAACACGAUAAACUGUGCGACCGACGAGAUCACCGACGAAGAAACUGUGCAGUUACGGUCGAAGGAAUCCGACAACAGUCGAAGCAGGGAUCGAGCAAGUUUAGAUUCCUCUAUGUCAAAUAGCAUACUGAAGUUAAAGCAGCAAUUGGCCAGCAGUCCAGUGAUGUUAAGACGAAAACGUAGCAAAGAAUACGAGUACAGAGGCUCUAAAACGCUGCCCAGGGGGCUCGGUUCCGGCGGGGGAUUCCUGUCGAGCUCGAUGUCCGGAUCGCAGAGUUCCGGCGAGAAUUGCGACGUUUACGGCUUAUACGGGGAAUUGAUGUACGUGAAAGACUACGAGAAUGAGAACAGCUCCGGCAUCGAUUUGAUUUACGAGCCGUUGCGAAGAAGCGAUCCGGAACUGGCAGCCAUACCAAAUAAAGUUAGCACGUUAGAUCGUAGACUGAAGAUGAAGAUCACUAGGCCCAGGUCGCUCGAUUUGUCGAAUUGGUCGGUCGAUUCUCACGCGAGUUCUCUCUAUACGUCAUCUGGUUCUGAGGAGAACCUGUCAUUGAAAACUGGCAAAUUGUCACGAAACAGUAGCACUGCUAGUCGAAAUGGCCCCUACGAAACGACCACUCCUAACAGUAGUAUAGGACAGUCUGUGCCAGAACCGAUACCACCGACCAAUAAUUUAAAGACGAACAGUAAGAAGAUCAACAAGACAACGUUACAACAAAUCGAGCAGCCUAAACGAACCGUUUUAACAUUAAUGGGUGGCAGGGGUUACAUCAAUUGGAGACAGCUAAACGCGCAAUCAGUUACCGACAAGGGCUCUAAAUCGGGCUACACUUUCAAAGAUCCCAACAGCAACGAUGCUCAUAUCGUGCUGUGGGAAAUGAAGUUAUGA